AUGGAAACCAACUUCUGGGGCCCCUGCCGAAUCAUGAAGGCCGCCCUCCCAGGGAUGCGGUCCCGACGCUCCGGCACAAUCGUCAACAUCUCGUCGACAGCAGGUCUGCGCGUUCUUCCAACGUACAGCCACUACUCGGCAACUAAACACGCACUCGAAGCCAUCAGCGAAGGACUUGCACAGGAAGCCGCGCAGUUCAACGUGCGAAUCCAGCUCGUCGAACCGGGCGCGUUCAGGACGAAUUUCCUCGGCAAGGAUAACAUCCAGUAUGCGCCGCUGAGCGACCCGUAUACGACGGGCGUGUGUGCGGAUAUGCUACGAGUUCUAGGCGAGAUGGAUGGAAACCAGGCGGGGGAUCCGGUGGUUGCAGCGGAGAGGAUCUGGGAGGUUGUCAUGGGGGAGGGCAUGGCGAGGGGGAAGGGGUUGGGGUUAAGGCUGCCGCUGGGUUCGGAUUGUAUCAAGACGGUGAGGGAGAAGAUGGAGAAAGUUGGGGCGGAUUUGGACCGGUUUGGUGAUAUCGCGCGGAGUACUGAUGCGAGAUGA